AUGUCGAAUCGAAGACCACCAUCGCGCACCACAAGUCAAAGCCAGCCUUCGAAUGGCAAAAUGCGGAUCAAAUCGAAACGACGAUACUUACUCAAAGUCACACCUAUUGAAGCAUGGGAUCUCGUCCCGUCUGAGUCCGGUCGCGGUCGCAACGCUUACUGCACGCUAGUGCUAUUGGACGAAAACAAGCGCGAAAUCAAGGGUGAGAAACAGCGCACGCCCCCCAUGCGUCAAGCAAAUCCGGUAUGGAGUCCGCUGAAAGCUGCAGUGUUGCUUUCACUUGAGAGCAAGGUGGACUCGCACCAACCUCUGGGCAUUGGUGCUGCUGCUGCUUCAGAGGAAUAUACUUUUGGCAUUCAAACGAACUUAAUGAACGCUAAGUACGUCCUUGUCAAAUGCAAAGACAAAGGACGAGUAGAGAAUGAAGAUUUGGGACGAUUGCUGCUAAGUCUCGAAGAUAUGAACACGAGUGGUGAAGAACGAGUGGCAUGGUAUGAUUUGCAGUUGCGACCUGGUGGCAAAAUGAAACGGGUACAAGGUAAAGUACGUAUUUCCAGUCGCAUCAUGCGCGAACCUUCUUUAUGGCAAUUAUGGACCGCUGCUGAACAAAUGAGGCACGAGUUACCGGCUAAAGACCGUAGUUUGUACCUCAAACCUCAUCCAAAUGUCAUCACUGGCAAAGAAGCAGUUGAGUGGAUGCUUUGCCAUGGAUUAAAUCGUCCAAUGCAGGGGGGGAUUACAUGCUCGACGGCUGAAGAGGCCUUGCUUUUAGGCACAGCGCUUCUUCGGAAUGGCAUUCUAAUGCACGUGUCUGGCGAUAGAAGAUUUACCAAUAGUACCUGGAAAUACUACCGAUUUCUGGUCGAUCAUUUCGACGCAACGAUUCAGGAACAAGCAGUUCGCCAACGGGACUUGAUUCUUUCAGGCGAAGCUGAAGAAAUCGAAGACACAGAGGAAGAGGUUAUCACUCGGACAAUGCCGACCAUGUCUGUUUGUAACGAAGAAGAGAAUGGACUUGGUGCGUCGCGUGUCGCGGUAGGAUCAGGAGUGACGGCUCCAGUGUCUUCUGAUGCUUCCAACCGAGGCAAAUCAAAAUCGACACUGAAGAUAGACGACUUUGAGCUACUUCGAGUGUUGGGUACUGGAACGUACGGUCGAGUUGUAUCAGCUCGUGGUCCGGAUGGAAAAGUGUAUGCCAUUAAAAUCAUUACGAAAAUUGGCAUGGACGAAAAUAUGCGACGAAACGCUAAAAUUGAGCGCGAUAUGUUGCGUGAAGUGCGCCAUCCAUUUGUGGCAUCGCUACUAUUUGCCUUUCAAAAUGAAGACAAAGUGUACAUGGGAAUGGAGUUUUACAAUGGCGGCGAUUUACGUCAUCACUGUACGAUGAAUCAAAAUAAUGAGGUUAAGUUUACGUCUGAACGGAUCAGGUUAUACGCGGCUGAGUUGGUGGCGGGAUUGGCACAUUUGCACAGUCUUGAUAUUAUCUAUCGCGAUCUCAAACCGGAGAAUGUUUUGAUCCAGAAGGAUGGUCACAUUGUACUUGUAGACUUUGGUCUAUCAACGUACACACGCGAUGAUAGUGAUAAGAAGGCUCACUCGCUGGCUGGCUCGCCGGAAUACAUUUCACCUGAGGUGCUGGCAGCCGCGAACCCAAAAAAUGGUGAAGCGCCAGCAGUUUAUGAUAAAACUUGUGACUGGUGGAGCCUGGGGAUUCUAAUAUUUGAGAUGUACGUUGGUCGUACUCCAUUCAAGGAUGAUAACAAGGCCAUCAUGUACCGCAAUAUUGCUGAGGGCUUUUUGUACAUCCCGUCUGAGUUGCCUGAAGAUGUCCAGUCGCUGCUUUCUGGUUUGAUUGAACGAAAUCCGUCGAAGCGACUUGGAGCGAACGAGGCUGUGCCAUUUUCAAUUAUGAAUCAUCAAUUUUUUGAAGGUAUUGAUUGGGAGAAGCUGCAGCAAAAAAAGAUUGAACCGGAGUGGAUACCGGACGUGAUUGACGACGCAGACGCCAAGUAUGUAGAUAAUGAGUUUGUCAAUCAGGUGCCAGUGGACACACCUGAAUGGCGCAUGCUUGAUUCGGUGGACCGUGAGCGAGAGUACUUUGAGGACUUUACGUAUCGUGCGACGCAGGUUAUUCAAAAAUAA